AUUCCAUCAAUUGCAGUCAUUGUCAUCAAGGAACUCGUAGAGGCUCACCAUGCAAACAACUUCUCUCACGUCGACAGUUCUCAUCGAUUGAAUAUUAUGUCGUAUGCCGGUCUUCAGGGAGGCAAAACCCUAUACAAGUUGUAGUAUAAUGAAAAGAUAUUCCUUCCUGCUUGAGUGCCAGGCGAAGGCCAUCUGUAACAUUGUGGUUGCUCAACAUGGCGUUGCUAUGGCUGAGCAGAUGUGUGCGUAUACUCACCUUGAGGCGUGUUGGUGGUCUUCUAGUGCCUGCUUCAGUACCUCAGUUGUACAGCGUUUCCGCUCCAGAAAACCGAGUACCAGGAAGGGGGGAUGAGCGGGGCUCCUGCAACAUGGGGGGAGUGGGCACAUGGGCCCACGAGCAGGGGGGGGGGGCGUGUCUGGGUGUGGAACGAGGCGAAAGGACUCCUGUUCCAUAUCGCUUGCAAACAUUUCUGACAGUCACAAUCGCUUUCUUCAGCUAUACAUCCCGGGGCGGUCUGGGCAUUGGGGGCAAAAGCCAUGGUAAGCACAAACUAGUACCGACAACUUGUGCUAAGUCUCUUGCGUGGGCUGAUAUGGCUGUGGCGAAGUACAGCGAGGUUCCCGCAAGCUGGGUGUUUGUUUGCGCUGUCCUUCACGCGAUUCACGGAGAUGGACUCGCUAAUUGUAUGGUUUCCACCCAGUCUCUGUCUUCGUACAAUUCGGACUGACCCUGCCCUUGUGAACAACAAAAUCCUAUUCAAGUUAUAUUAGCGGAGAAUUUAAUAAGUCAAAUUAGUCCAUGAUAUUAGCGGACGGC